AUGGUGAUGCAAGGCAAGAUCAAUCCAGAGGAGCUCUGGGCCCUCGAACCCUUUCCGUCUCUGCCAACUGCACUUGAGAAUAAGUCAUACAAGCUCGAAAGCGAUGGAAAUGUACUGGAAGUUACGCCCGAGAGUGACGAGACCUUGGGUGUUGAGGAAGAUAAUCUUAAAUGUGUAAUGUGGUUUAAUACUGGACCCUUGACACUCGCAACAAUCCGAAGGAUCGAUAGUCUUCAGUUGUUCACUGAGUCGCAUGACGCGAAUUCUGUCCUUACCACAGCUGAUAACCGGACCUGGUUCGAUCUUGCCAUUCUGGAGAAUGAAAAUGACCAGCAUGCUAGAGUCAAGCAAGAAAUUGAGCUGGUGUGGACGAGUCAUAGAAAUCGAAGCCAGACGACGGAAUUUGGCUGGGACAAGGGAACUGUCUUUGACAAGAAUCAUCCUUUUCUACGUUUGUUAGAGGACGGAAAUUGUCUCGCAGUCCGUGUUUGUUCCGGCGACCAAAAUGCCCACAACGUGGUUAGGAAUGCAAUUCUGAAAUUGGAUAUUGGUGAUGAAAUGGUCCGUGAUGCCAUUACAUACAACGAGACACCAAAGGAAACCAAGAUCAUGGUGAAUGUCUUCAAGGAGUGCAACUCUAGUGUGCCUUCUGGCGAUUACAUGCCAUGGGUCUCUCUUGGUGCUUUCAGGGCUGACUAUUACGACGACGGUCGUACUCAUCCAUUACGUGUUCUUGCUAUGGAUGGGGGCGGUGUCCGUGGAUUGUCUUCUCUUUAUAUCCUCCAGAAAAUUUUCGACAAGUUAGCAGAAAGGUUGGGAGAAAGGAGAAAGCCGUGUGAUGUUUUUGAUAUGAUUGGAGGUACCAGUACUGGAGGCUUGAUCGCUAUUAUGCUUGGUCGUCUUCAAAUGGAUGUCAACGACUGCAUUCAAAAAUACCAAGAAUUGAUGGGCAUAGUCUUCAAGAAACGUCAAGGAAUAUUUGGAUCGGCUUUGGAUUGGAUAACCAAGAAUGGGAGCCUUCUUUGGAGUGGCCAAACCUACGACGACAAACCUCUCGAAACACAAAUCAGGAAGCUCGUAAAGGACAAACUCGGAACUGAGAAUGCCGACCUAUAUGAGGGGGAUAGCAAUGCGGCUUGCAAAACAUUCGUUGUAGCUACCCGGAGAGACGCGCUCAACAACCGUUCCCCGGUAUUCUUGCGUUCCUACAAGCAUCCCCAUGAAACUCGCGGCCUCCGCAAUGUCAAAGUGUGGCAAGCUGCUCGUGCAACAUCUGCUGCUCCCACAUACUUUUCUUCUAUGAAGUUAGGUGACUAUGAGUUAGUUGAUGGAGGCUUGAGUGCCAACAAUCCUCUUGGAUGGCUAUGGACAGAAGUCUUGAGCAUCUACGGCAUGGGCCGUAGAGCCAACUGCUUCCUCAGUAUUGGAACUGGCAUCGACUCCAACCAAGCGAUUACAGAUCCAAGAAAAGCGCCUGUUCAGGCCGUAUCGGCUCUAACGGCUGCUGCUACCAAUACCGAGAUUACUCACCUUCUCUUCAGGACUCUUAUCGACGCCUUCGCACCAAAUAGUGGGAAACCGAAAUACUGGCGUCUUAAUGUCAACAAGCCUAUCGGUAAAUGCAUCGAUGGUCAGGACCCCGAGAACUAUGAGAAAGUGGUGGCCUUGGAUGAUAGUGGAGCUGCGAAGGUGUUAGAAAAAGGCGCUAAGGAGUAUAUCGACGAAGUGGGUGCUGAUAUCCAGAAGUGUGUUGAUGCCAUUUUGGAUAAGCAAUAG